AUGGCGAUUUGCAAAACUGCCAUCGGCGUGGCCGCAUCGUUACAACACGGUAGGCUCGGAGAAUUAAGGUCCUCUCCCGGAGGAGAGGGGCUAGUAAAAUUGCGCCGGCUUAUUCCACCCACGGAAGCCUCCUUUGCUCCAGACCUUGCCUUCCGGGGAGCCGACGGCGACGACGUCGUCGAGACGUGGGGAGAACGGGAACACGACAUGGCUCGCAAUAUCGAAAAACAAGGCACGGGAACGGCCCAGGAGGUGGGCUCGUACCGUCCUGUUUCUGGACUGCUACAGGGCGCAGGAGACGGCAGUCCAGUGUUUUCUGCACAUCUCGCUUACAUUGUGGCCUGAUCAAGAACAUGAAGGCAGGUUUGAAGAGAGAUGACCACACACGGCCAGAAGGUGAAAAAAAAAAA